AAAUUACCUACCUUGAGUCCUAAAAAAGAUUUGGUGGUAACCGAAGUAGAGCCGAGACAGAUCUAUUUGAUCCAUGACUUCUUUACUGCCAAGGAGUGCAAUUCACUCAUUCAACAUUUUGAAACACAUCUUCCUCUUCAGCAAGUGUCUACGACUCCUAGACCUGGAGAGGCGUUCCGUAGUAAUGAUCGACAGUCGUUUGAGGAUCCUAUAUUUGCUCAGAGACUUUGGCAGUUGGGGCUGGAUAAAGUGUGCCGGCUGACUGAGGGAAUCCAAGGCUUGGCACUUCCACGUCAACCGGUUGGACUGAAUUCAAACUUGCGGAUUUAUCGGUAUCGCCCGGGCCAGAUGUUCCAGGCACAUUAUGACGAGAGCGUCAAGGAUGCGGCAAGCGGACUGUGGACUGAAUGGACCCUGCUGAUCUAUUUGAAUGAGGAAAUGGAAGGAGGUGAGACAGUAUUUUACAAAUCUGUGUCCAAGAGACGUCUUGGAGAUCCGAUUGUUGUCCAGCCACAGCAAGGUAUGGCUUUAUUGCAUGCACACGAUAAAAACUGCAUGCUUCACGAGGGUAAAGAGGUUAAAAAGGGUGUUAAAUGGGUUCUACGAAGCGAUGUGCUU